GAGGCGAGGUCGCGCUCCCACGCCACGCAACGCAACGCCGGGCGCCACCCGCCACCGCUACCGUGCUCUCGUACGCCGCGCACGCAUACGAUUCUUGCUCGAUUUGGCCGGCCUCCUCCGUUUCCCCGUCUUAACUAACGGCUUCACUCUCUCUCGCUCUCACUCCGCUCCUCUCUCCCUCUCCCCCCUCUCGCUUUCCGGCCCCUGACUGACGCUACCAAUCCAAAGCUAAAUCCGAGCAAGAAUCCAUCCAUGGAGGCCGAGUCGAGAAAGCUCCUGCUCCUCGCGCCCGUCCUCCUCUGCUGCUUCGUGGCCAUAUCGGACGCGCAGUCGCAGCACAUCGGCGUCAACUACGGCGAGGUGGCGGACAACCUGCCGCCGCCGGACGCGACGGCGCGACUGCUCAAGUCCACCGCCAUCACCAAGCUCCGCCUCUACGGCGUCGACGCGGGCCUCAUCCGCGCGCUCGCCGGCACCGGCGUCUCCCUCGUGCUCGGCGUGGCCAACGGCGACAUCCCCGCCAUCGCCGCCGACCCCAACGCCGCCACCGGCUGGCUCGCCGCCAACGUGCUGCCCUUCCUCCCGGCCACGACCAUCUCCGUCGUCGCCGUCGGCAACGAGGUGCUCGAGUCCGGGGACGCCGCGCUCGCCGCUGCGCUGCUCCCGGCCAUGCAGAACCUCCGCGCCGCCGCCGGCGACGGGCCAGCCGCGGGGAUCAAGUUCUCCACCGUCAACACCAUGGCCGUGCUCGCGCAGUCCGACCCGCCCUCCGCCGGCGCCUUCCGCCCGGAGGCCGCCGCCCAGCUGCAGGGGAUCCUGGGCUUCCUCAGCCGCACCGGCGCGCCCUUCAUGGUCAACCCCUACCCCUACUUCGCGUACCAGUCCGACCCGCGCCCCGACACGCUCGCCUUCUGCCUCUUCCACCCCAACGCCGGCCGCCUCGACGCCGGCUCCAAGAUCACGUACACCAACAUGUUCGACGCGCAGGUCGACGCCGUCAAGUCCGCGCUGGGGCGCGCCGGCUACGGCGCGGUCGACAUCGUGGUGGCGGAGACCGGGUGGCCCACCAGGGGCGACCCCACGGAGCAAGGCGCCACCGUCGACAACGCCAGGGCCUACGUCUCCAACCUCGUCGCCCACCUCCGGUCCGGCGCCGGCACGCCGCUCAUGCCGGGGAAGCCGGUGGACACGUACCUGUUUGCGCUCUACGACGAGGACCUCAAGCCCGGCCCGGCCUCCGAGCGCGCCUUCGGACUCUACCACACCGACCUCACCAUGGCCUACGACGCCGGCCUCACCUCCUCCUCGCCCGGCUCCGGCGGCGGCAGCACGGCCACCACGCCAACGACGACGCCGAGCAAGGGGUCGGGAUGGUGCGUGGCGAGCGCGGGCGCGACGGACGCGCAGCUGCAGACGGACCUGGACUACGCGUGCUCCCAGGUGGGCGUGGACUGCGGCGCCAUCCAGCCCGGGGGCGCCUGCUUCCAGCCCAACACGGUGCGCGCCCACGCCGCCUACGCCAUGAACCAGCUCUACCAGGCCGCCGGCAGCCACCCGUGGAACUGCGACUUCCGCCAGUCCGCCACCCUCACCUCCACCAACCCAAGCUACGGCUCGUGUGUGUUCACCGGAGGCCAAUGAAAUGGUGCAACCGGAGUAUGCACCAGACCACGGCGCACAAAAUUCCGCCGGCCGGCCGGUGCGGCGAGCGCCAUGAUUGGAUUUGGAUCGAAUCAUCAUCAUCGAAUAAAGCCACGAAUAGUGGUGGUGGUGCAUUAGGGAUGCAUUGCUGCAUUGCAUACGCAUCCCCCCUGUUUCAUUCAAUUCCAUUUCAUUUAUCCUAGCAGCAGAGCUGAGCAGAUGCGUCCGAUUCUUUUUACUCCUAGCAGUAGCAGCAGAGUUGCCUUGCUGUGUACAGUACGUGGGUGGUGUGUGCAUGUGUAAUUAGCGUUGUGUGCUUCGUGUGUGUGUUUGUUUGUUCGUACUGUACGUCCGUAACUUGGUCUAGUAGAGUACGGUUGUAGUGUAUAAUUUGUUCAUCAUUCAUGUACGUAUAAGCAUUAAGGCCAA